GCGCACGCACGCCCUGCCCGGGCCUCAGGCUGGCGCGCACCCGCCGGUUCGUCCCUCCAGUCCGGCUGCUCCUGCCCCCACCCCACCGGUCUGGGAUGUACCUUUCCAUCUGUUGCUGCUUUUUGCUCUGGGCCCCUGCCCUGACGCUCAAGAACCUCAACUACUCCGUGCCGGAGGAGCAAGGGGCCGGUACCGUGAUCGGUAACAUAGGCAAGGAUGCUCGACUGCAGGCAGGGCUUCCGCCAGCUGAGCGCGGGGCCAGCGGCGGGCGAAGUAAGUCGGGCAGCUUCCGGGUGCUGGAGAACUCCGCGCCGCACCUGCUGGACGUGGACGCCGACAGCGGGCUCCUCUACACCAAGCAGCGCAUCGACCGCGAGUCCCUGUGCCGCCACAACGCCAAGUGUCAGCUGUCCCUCGAGGUAUUCGCCAACGACAAGGAGAUCUGCAUGAUCAAGGUGGAGAUCCAGGACAUCAACGACAACGCGCCCGCCUUCCCCUCUGACCAGAUCGAAAUGGACAUCUCGGAGAACGCCGCCCCGGGCACUCGCUUCCCGCUCACCAGCGCGCACGACCCGGACGCCGGCGAGAACGGGCUCCGCACCUAUCUGCUCACGCGCGACGACCACGGUCUCUUUGCCCUGGACGUCAAGUCCCGCGGAGACGGCACCAAAUUCCCAGAGCUGGUCAUCCAGAAGGCGUUGGACCGCGAACAGCAGAACCACCACACGCUGGUGCUGACCGCCCUGGACGGCGGGGAGCCGCCGCGCUCGGCCACCGUGCAGAUCAACGUGAAGGUGAUCGACUCGAACGACAACAGCCCGGUCUUCGAAGCGCCCUCGUACUUGGUGGAACUGCCCGAGAACGCCCCGCUGGGCACCGUGGUCAUCGAUCUGAACGCCACCGACGCGGACGAGGGCCCCAACGGCGAAGUGCUCUACUCCUUCAGCAGCUACGUGCCCGACCGCGUGCGGGAGCUCUUCUCCAUCGACCCGAAGACCGGCCUGAUCCGGGUGAAGGGCAACCUGGACUACGAGGAGAACGGCAUGCUGGAGAUCGACGUCCAGGCCCGAGACCUGGGCCCCAACCCGAUCCCGGCGCACUGCAAGGUCACAGUCAAGCUCAUCGACCGCAACGACAACGCGCCGUCCAUCGGUUUCGUCUCCGUGCGCCAGGGGGCGCUGAGCGAGGCCGCCCCGCCCGGCACUGUCAUCGCCCUGGUGCGGGUCACCGACCGGGACUCGGGCAAGAACGGGCAGCUGCAGUGUCGCGUCCUGGGCGGAGGAGGCACGGGGGGCGGCGGCGGCCUGGGCGGGCCCGGGGGCGCCGUGCCCUUCAAGCUGGAGGAGAACUACGACAACUUCUACACGGUGGUGACCGACCGCCCGCUGGACCGCGAGACCCAGGACGAGUACAACGUGACCAUCGUGGCGCGGGACGGGGGUUCGCCGCCGCUCAACUCCACCAAGUCCUUCGCGGUCAAGAUUCUGGACGAGAACGACAACCCUCCUCGGUUCACCAAGGGGCUCUACGUGCUGCAAGUGCAUGAGAACAACAUCCCGGGAGAGUACCUGGGCUCUGUUCUCGCCCAGGACCCCGACCUCGGUCAGAACGGCACUGUGUCCUACUCCAUCUUGCCCUCGCACAUCGGCGACGUGUCCAUCUACACCUACGUGUCUGUGAACCCCACCAACGGGGCCAUAUACGCCCUGCGCUCCUUUAACUACGAGCAGACCAAGGCGUUUGAGUUCAAGGUGCUUGCUAAGGACUCGGGGGCGCCCGCGCACCUGGAGAGCAACGCCACUGUGAGGGUGACAGUGUUAGACGUGAACGACAACGCGCCAGUGAUCGUGCUGCCCACGCUGCAGAACGACACCGCCGAGCUACAGGUCCCGCGCAACGCGGGCCUGGGCUACCUGGUGAGCACCGUGCGCGCCCUCGACAGCGACUUCGGCGAGAGCGGGCGCCUCACCUAUGAGAUCGUGGACGGCAACGACGACCACUUGUUUGAGAUCGAUCCGUCCAGCGGCGAGAUCCGCACGCUGCACCCCUUCUGGGAAGACGUGACGCCCGUCGUGGAGCUGGUGGUGAAGGUGACAGACCACGGCAAGCCCACGCUCUCCGCGGUGGCCAAGCUCAUCAUUAGGUCGGUGAGCGGCUCCCUGCCCGAGGGAGUGCCCCGGGUGAACGGCGAGCAGCACCACUGGGACAUGUCCCUGCCGCUCAUCGUGACUCUGAGCACUAUCUCCAUCAUCCUCCUAGCGGCCAUGAUCACCAUCGCUGUCAAGUGCAAGCGUGAGAACAAGGAGAUCCGCACUUACAACUGCCGCAUCGCUGAGUACAGCCACCCGCAGCUGGGCGGGGGCAAAGGCAAGAAGAAGAAAAUCAACAAAAACGAUAUCAUGCUGGUGCAGAGCGAAGUAGAAGAGAGGAACGCCAUGAACGUCAUGAACGUGGUGAGCAGUCCCUCCCUGGCCACCUCCCCCAUGUACUUCGACUACCAAACCCGCCUGCCCCUCAGCUCGCCCCGGUCAGAGGUGAUGUAUCUCAAACCAGCCUCCAACAACCUCACUGUCCCUCAGGGGCAUGCAGGCUGCCACACCAGCUUCACAGGACAAGGGACUAAUUCGAGCGAGACCCCUGCCACUCGGAUGUCCAUAAUUCAGACAGACAAUUUUCCCGCAGAGCCCAAUUACAUGGGCAGCAGGCAGCAGUUUGUUCAAAGUAGCUCCACAUUUAAGGACCCAGAAAGAGCCAGCCUGAGAGACAGUGGGCACGGGGACAGUGAUCAGGCUGACAGUGACCAAGACACUAACAAAGGCUCCUGCUGUGACAUGUCUGUUAGGGAGGCACUCAAGAUGAAAACUACUUCAGCUAAAAGCCAACCACUUGAACAAGCAUUCCCGACUUUGCUUUCCUUUGCUAUCCUCACCCUACACACCAUCACAACUAGACUUCAGUCUGUUGAUCUGCUGCCACCAGAACCAGAAGAGUGUGUUAAUUGCACAGAUGAAUGCCGAGUGCUUGGUCAUUCUGACAGGUGUUGGAUGCCACAGUUCCCUGCAGCCAAUCAGGCUGAAAACGCAGAUUACCGCACAAAUCUCUUUGUACCCACAGUUGAAGCUAAUGUUGAGACUGAGACUUAUGAAACUGUGAAUCCCACUGGGAAAAAGACUUUUUGUACAUUUGGAAAAGACAAGCGAGAGCACACUAUUCUCAUUGCCAAUGUGAAACCUUAUUUAAAAGCCAAACGUGCCCUGAGCCCUCUCCUGCAAGAGGUCCCUUCAGCAUCAAGCAGCCCCACGAAGGCCUGCAUCGAGCCUUGCACCUCAGCAAAAAGCUCGCUGGAGGGUUGUGAAGCAAAACCAGGAGCCCUGGCCGAGGCAAGUGGUCAGUAUUUGCCCACUGACAGUCAGUACCUGUCACCCAGUAAGCAACAGAGAGACCCUCCCUUCAUGCCCUCGGAUCAGAUGGCAAGGGUCUUCGCGGAUGUGCAUUCCAGAGCCAGCCGGGAUUCCAGCGAGAUGGGGGCCGUCUUGGAGCAGCUCGACCACAGCAGUCGGGAUCCGGGCAGAGAGUCCGUGGAUGCUGAGGAAGUUGUGAGAGAAAUCGAUAAGCUUUUGCAGGACUGCCGUGGGAAUGACCCCGUGGCUGUGAGAAAGUGAGAGAGACAGACGGGGAUGGGGUUGGGGGCAUCGGCAUUUUCUUGUCUCUUCUGUGGAUUGAAGAAUGAUCACUCUUGGGGACAACACAUUUCACAGGGAGCAGGAAAGGCCAAUGCUGCUUUAAGGCUUUUAGUGAACAUCUGAAGUGCCCACACGUAUGUUCUUUUCACUGCUGUUUCUUUUUUCAGAGAUAAGAGUGGUUUUGUUUUGACCAAACUUAUAUUAGGACAAAAUUAAUGAUGUUUAAAGCGAAAAGAAAAGAGAAGAAAAAGGAGAGAAGAAAAAAGAGGAGGAGUAUGCCACUUACCUUUUGACAAUCUGUUGGGAAGGUAUGCAGUGUGCGAAGUCAAGU